AUGCUGAACUGUUCGUACUGCGGAAACUCGGACGUACUGUUAAUCGAGAGCGUCGAAAAAGCGAGCAUAGAUCGCAUCAUUAAGGACUUGGCAGCGUGACUAGAUGGACUUUGCGUUUAGGGGCGUUCAAGUCGCCAUUGGCACGGCUCCAUUACCUGGGGUAGGAACAAAAAAUGGUUCAAGGCCUACAAUGCGAUAAAGGCAGCGGUGGAGAAUCUUAGACCUAUACGAGUGAGGCGAGUGGAGACCACUCUUGGAGGCUCCCGUGGGUGUAAGGAAGGCGCGAAAUCGAGGCGCCUGGAUCAUAUUCGAGACGAUAUCAUAAGCGAGCGUUUCAAAGUAACCCCUAUUCCCGAUAAAAUGCGCGAUCUCGCUUCAGGUGGUUCGCCCGUGACCUGCGUGGAGACAAAACAGUGUUGGUUCAAUUGGCCCCAGCUCUGA